AUGCAAGGAACUUUCUACCUGCGUGGCGCCCGAGGAGCACUUCUCUCCCGCCUUCUUCUGAACUCAUCUGCAUUUCUGGAAAACCUCGACGACGCUUCCUGGUUCUUAUCUCAGGCUCUCGUGAGCCUGUUCCAAUCUGCUGAACCGAUGAACUGUCACCAACAUUCUGCGCUUGGGGAACGAAACAACCUUGACGUACUCCAAGGCGGGACCGCUCAAAUCACCGUGACUUCCGUCGGGCGCCGUCUGAGAGAGCGGUAG